GCAACAUCCUCGCAUCCGCAACCAUGCCGCGUGUCCCGUCAGCCUCCAGCAGCGCACGGCACAGCGCCGCUCUACCGGCGCCGCCGUCGCGCCGCAGCUCGCGCCUCGUCUCCAGUCUCGGGCCUGGCUCCAAGCCGAGCGCCAGCAGAGGCGCCGUCAAGAGCGAGGGCGGCGUGAAGGCGGAGCCCGCCGACGCAGCAGCAGCAGCGCCGACAGCUGCGCAACUCAACGUCGCCGAGCCAUUCGUCAAGGCCGAGCCAUCCGAGACUCCUCUCGACGCCUUGCCACUGGCACACGACCCCGCCCGCGCCUCCGCCGCGCAUGCCGCACUCGCAUCCGGCUCCUCUCUGGCCGCACUACUCGACGAUCCCUCUUCCCCCGCACUACGACAAGCCGCGUCGCGCCUCAAGGCCGCCUCACAGCGCGCUGAGGCAUUGCAUGGCCUGCCACCAUUGCUGCCGGCCGAGGAAGUGCGGCUGCGCACGCAUAUCCUGCGCCCUGCUCUGCCGUACGACUUUGGUGCCGCGCGGGCACAUCUGGAAGAGGCAGAUCCGCGCUUCCGGAUCCUCUUCCAUCAGGCCGACUUUCGCAAGUAUCUCGCCAACGGCAAUGAAGGGCCGGAGAACCUGAAUCUGUUCAAGUCGCUCGCCACCUCCAUCCUGGGGCAGCAGAUCUCCUGGAAAGCCGCGCGUGCCAUCUGUCUCAAGUUCCUGGCGCUCUUCGACGCAUCCACACUCGAUGCGGCACCAGCAGCGCCCGCAUCAGCCGACGAAGAAGAUCCGGUCGCCGCUCUGCCCUUCCCUACGCCCUUGCAAGUGCUAGCACUGCCUGAAGGCGCUGUCCGAAGCGCGGGCGUCUCGUCAGCCAAGGAGAAGGCACUGAGGGACAUCGCACAUCGCUUCGCGGAUGGCAGGCUGGACGCACGGAGAUUGUCGACUGCUACGACUGAGGCGGCGUGGGAGGAGAUGAUCUCGGCGCGAGGCGUGGGGCCGUGGACUGUGCAAAUGAUUCUGAUGCUGGCGCUGCGCAUGCCCGACAUUUUGCCCGUCGGCGACGUGGGCGUGCAGAACGGCAUGCUCAAGUUUUUCCUUGCUCCGGCGACUGGACCUGUCAUUCCAGCGCAUCGACGACGACCACUGGGCGCUGGAGAGGCAGAGACACCGCCGGCGAGUGCCCGUGGCACGCCGGCUUUGCCGAGUGGCAUGCGGCCCGAGAUGCUGCGGGCACGUCUGGCCAAGAAGGGCAAGAAGGGCGCAGCGCUCGAGCCGGACGAGAUGGAGCGCCUCACCGAGUCCUGGCGGCCCUUCCGCAGCCUGGCGUGCCUUCUGAUGUGGCCCAUCGCCGACGUCCUCGUUUGAGCUGCUUGGAGCAGCACGGAGAGCAUGCAUGUAUUGGCAGCGCAGG